AUGGUUUUGAGAUAUAUGGACAAUCAUCGCAGAGUUCUUGUAUCUGGUAAUAUAUCUCUGAAAGUUCUCGUUCUAAAUUGUAGUAUUAGUUCUGGUUCUAGUACCACAAAUUAUGGUGUAACUGAAAGCUCUGGUACUCCUAAACUUGCUAUGGUGAUAGAUAAUGAUGCAGACAAGGGUAAGCCUCUUGUUUCUGAUGAGUGGUUGUAUAUUUUUGACAAGAUAGGUAGAGAGUUUAUUGGUAGUAUUGAAGUAGUUAGAGUCUCUGUUGCUAAGUACAAACUAGCUACUUGUUACAAAAUUAGGAUUCUGAAAAAUGGCACGACUCAUUAUACUGCAAAAUUUAAGGAAAAUGGUUGUUCAUGGAGGAUUCACUUUGUGCUUGUGAAUGAGGGCUUAUCUCGAUUUGUUCUGAAAGAUGCUAAUAUGCUUCACAGGUUGAAGAGUCCAUCAGUUACAACCAAGAUUGUAAAGUAUUUGAUAUCUGAACAUAUAAAUGGAGAUCCUAGUUUAAAACCCAACCAGACCAUUUUACUUUUUAAAAGAACUUUUGGGUCCAACGUUGAGUACCACUAUGCUCGUACAGGUAAAGAAGCGAGCUAUAAGUAUCUUAGGCCCAUGAUUUACUUAGAUGUUACUUUUAUUACUGGUAGAUUCAAGGGUGGUUUAUUGGCUACAACCUGUGUCAAUGGCAAUAACGGUUUUUACCCAUACGAUUUUUCUCUUAUCCACGUUGAAGAUAAAGCUAAUUGGGAGUGGUUUUUGAACAAUCCUAAAGAAGUUGUUGAUGCUCGUCCUAUUGUGACGCGAAUUUCAAGGUUGUUAGCUACUUACUCUUAUACAUAUGCUAACUAUGAAGUUGGUUUGCGAGGUAUGCAUGUGCUUGGCUGUGGAUAUGUUUUCAAUUAUAUCAGGACUAUUCCAAUGGAGAACUGGGCUUUUGCAUUUUUCCUUGUACGUGGAUGUGGUGCUCACUCUUCAAGUGUUGCUGAGUCAUUUAACAACUGGAUUAGUGAUGAUAAAAAGUUUUCUACUUACGCUCUGUUGGAUGAGAUAUGA